AUGCUUGAGUUUAUGCAAUGUCUACACAGCAAUGAGCUUGAGGACUUGAGGUAUAAUGGGAUUUUCUUCAGUUGGUCAAAUAACAGUCUUGGGUGUGCUAAUGUAUCUAGGAAGCUGGAUAGAGUUUUGAUCAACCAAGCAUGGAUGAAUAUGUUUCCACAAGCAGAAUGCAAUUUCUUACCACAUAGGAUCUCGGAUCAUUCUCCCAUGGUGGUUAGGAUUAGGAUUACCUCUCUUAAGAGAAAUCUCCCAUUUAGAUUCUUUAAUUUUUGGACUCUAAACCCUAAGUUUGUGGCUCAAGGUUGGCAACUGGAGGUGAUUGGCACAAAGAUGUAUUGUGUGGUUAAGAGGCUUAGGGCCCUUAAGCUUCCACUAAGGCUUUUAAACAUAAAUGAUUUUGGCGCUAUAUCAAAAAGAGUUGAAGAAUAUAGAAGUGAGCUGUAUCAGUGUCAACAAAGCUUAGAUUGUAAUCCUGCAGAUGACCAGUUGAGGGUUGUAGAGAAAGAACUUGCAGCCAAAUUCUCUACAUUGUGUCUUGCUGAGGAAAUCUUUUAUAAACAAAAAGCACAAAUUCAUUGGUUAAAGGAUGGGGAUCAAAACACAUCCUAUUUCAUGAAGGUUUUCUCAUCCAAAGCUAAUAGGAGGAAGGUGUUAUCCCUUGAGGAUCCUAAUGGAGAAGUGUUACAAAGCCAGGAGUCGUAA